ACUACAUUGUUUUUGGUUUAAUAUUCUUUAUUUCUGUAUCAUUAUUUAUUUUAUUACGCCCGACAUAUUCUCAUUUUAUAUAUUUAUUAUCAGACAAUGCUGGGUAGCCUAUUGGGUAUACUCGCUCUGUCCCUAGCUGUACUGACCACAGCACAGGCGCAAAUGCAGGCAUCAGUGGCAGACAACAGCGCACAAAUCAUUUCGGCCAAACUCUCAACCACAAGCUUCCACCGGCGCUGCGCAGCAACCAUAGUGACAGAAACCAUCCUACUAACCAGCGCGUCCUGCGCGCAAAGCGAUUACCCGCUAAAGCAAUACGGCCCGGGCAGCUGGGUCAUUGUGUCUGGCACCGACAGCCGCUUCGAGCCAGAACCCACAAACAUAACCACGAGUAACUUGGUCGAAAACAUCCAGAUGGACAUAACAACCAACUUGGCAUUUAUCCGGCUCAAGGAUCCUCUAAAGUUCGACUCCACAGUAAUGCCCGUUGUGCUCAACUCACUGGCCACUGUGCCGCUGGAAACUGUGCUGACGACUUUUAAUACCUUGGAAGCAUACGGGAAUCCAAUGCUGACUAUAACGCAGGGGAACCAGGAGUCGUGCAAACUGAUGUUGCCUGACCAUCAGCAGAUGGGACUGCUGUGCACGCAGCCGGUUCAGGAGCAGUCGCUUUUGGUGGAUUAUCUCGGUGGUGACCCGAUUAUCGCGUUCAGCGAGCAGCCUAGCGCUCCCCUGGCUGUGCUAGUGGGAAUUACAGGGCUGUAUUAUUCGACCGUGGCUGAGGCACGUGUGGGCAUUGUCAAUGACCCGACGGCAUAUCGGUUUAGCGGUCUGAUUGCUCCCAAUGUGGACAUAGUAGCCGGAUAGCAGGCGUCGAUGCAAAGACAUAUCGAGUUCAGGAAAUUUAUACUAAAUAAGCAAAAUAUUCAAUAA